GCCUCGCGGGGCCCGGAAGCUGCUUCGGGGAAAGGGGGCGCCGCGCCUGCCGGACCCCUCAGUCUCCUCCCGCGGGAAGCCCCGGAGCCUCUGCCGGGAGGGCGGCGGAGCAGCAGCAGGAGGGCCCGGCCGGCAGGCUUCUGUUACGGGAAGUCUGGAUUUGCACACACACACAUGAACUUGCGUGUCUGCAGAAGGAUAUGAAAGGGUCCAGAGUGUGGCACACAACGCAACAGAUCUGGGGCUGCUGCCCAGUUGCUUCGUUGGCCUGGGGGGACGUUGUGGUGGUCUGCGUACAGAACCGAGCCGAAGCCCGUGAUGGUGGGAGCCAUCCCCCGGCAGCCGCGCCGCUUCUGGGGAGUGCCAGGGUGGCAGGUGUCCCCAGCCAGCUUCAUCAGUCACCGUCGGCUGCUGCAGCAGGAGAACACGCCAGCCAGGGGACGGGACCCCAUGCAGUGGGAUGUGGCUGUGCAGCCCACUUCCUAGCAGGGGACUCGGCCAGGCGCCCUGACCACGCGGCACUUUAGCACCUGUCCUCCCCCUCAGCCCCAUGAGGCACCUCAGUGCUGAGCCUGGACUCCCCCACGAGCAGAGAAGAGGCCUGAGCCAGGAGCAGCAGCAGCAGCAGCAGGAAGAUGAGGAGGAGGAGGAGGAGGAAGAGGAAGAAGAGCAGCAGCAGCAGCAACAGCCCUGGAAGCACCAUGGCCUCCAGAUGGGCUGCGGUCCACCAGAGCUGGGCAGCCAGAAGGUCUACCAGGUCUCCAUCUUUUCUCCCCGGGGCAGCGGCUCUGCCCUCCCACAGCAGAGGGGCCCCCGACGGCAGCCCAUCAAGCGGACCUGCCCAGAGCCCCGAUGGGUGGCCGAGGGCGGCGAGUGGGAUGCCAAGAGGGGUCACUGGGGGACGGAGGAGGAGGAGGAGGCCAUCGAGGACGGGCUCUUGGUGGAUGGGCUGGCCCUGGGGGGUGCCGCCCAGCACUUCUCCCAUAGUGGCCUGCAAGUCGUAGAGCACCGGCAGGAGGUCAGUCCCGGCCAGUGUGGAGGCUGGGAGCCCAGAGCUGCUGAGGGCCGGGAGGCGGCCCUGCCGCUGCCUGGCAGGCUCUGUACCAAUUUGCACACGAGAGACUUGGCCCCCGGCUUGCGGGGGGAGCAGCCCGCCAUGGACUCCAGGCCAGAAGAGAACGGGGGGCCCCGUUUCCCACACGAUCACGAUUUGCACAGCCCUGCACCCCCAUCCCCCUCGCCAGGGCAGCCGUCCCCGGAGGCCCAGGCACCCAACACUCCACCCGAGGCCCCCAGCCUCAGCGCCAACGGGCUCUGCUCGGCCGAGAAGACGCCCUGCUCCAGCGGCCAGCUCUCGGGAGGUGGCCCUGCCAGCUGCCCGGCCAAGAGGAAGCUGCUGCCCUCGGGUGAAGGGAGGGCAGCCACCGGCCUGGAGGAAGAGAGCCUUCUACCAGCACGCAAAAAGAGGGCCCUGCAUUCUCCCACCGUGCCAGCCUCCUGCCGCAGCACCGAUGCCAAGGGUGCCCCUUUCUGGAACCAUCUUCUUCCCGCAGCCAAGGGCUCAGCAAGCAGCAGAACUGGCACUUCUCAGUUGAAACCGGGGCUGCACCUCAAACCCAGGAGGAGGCAGCUGCGCAGCAGCCCUGGAAGGGCUCUCGUGGGCAGGCGGCCCCCCACCACCUCCACCAGCCACGCCCUUCUGGGGAACUUUGAGGAGUCGAUGCUGAAGGGGCGUUUCCCGCCCUCUGGCCGGAUCGGAGGCUUCACUGCAGAGAUUGGGGCCAGCGGAUCCUACUGCCCGCAGCAUGCCACCCUGCCUGUGGAGGUCACCUACUUCGACAUAGCUGAGCACAACGCCCCCUCCCCGUUUCUGGGAGUCAUUGACUUGGAAGCCUUGGGAAAGAAGGGGUACAGCAUCCCCAGAACGGGCACCAUCCAAGUGACCUUAUUCAACCCCAAUAAGACGGUGGUCAAGAUGUUCCUGGUGACCUACGACUUCCAUGACAUGCCCGCCAACCACGUUACCUUCCUGCGCCAUCGCAUCUUCCUGGUGCCAGUGGGGGAGGGGGAGGCCUCCGUCUCGGAUCUCGCAGGGCAGGCCAAGAGGGUCCUCUGCUACCUGAUGCACCUGAGGUUCCACAGUUCGAAGUCGGGGAAGAUCUACCUGCAUGACAACAUCCGGCUGCUCUUCUCGCGCAAGUCGAUUGAGAUGGACUCUGGGAUCCCUUAUGAGCUGAAGUCUUUCACGGAACUGCCGCGCAACCCCUGCUACUCCCCCCGGGCUUGAAGGAGGGGGCGGGAGAGCAGCACUUUGCCCAAGCCGAGGAGGGGCAGGGGGCUGCAGAUGCUUUCCUGCAGCGGUCGGUCACCACUCGGAGCCAUGCCUGGCCCAGAGCUGCGUUUUACUCAUUGGAUCCAGCCCAGCCGGGAUCACAAAUGCAGCACAUCUCAACCUCUAGUUUUGGUGGCUGGUACAAUUCUGUGCAAGAGGUGGGGGAGAAGGGGAAGCAGAAGGGGGCAGGUGUUGCCAUGAGGGAUGGGCUCCUGCUCCUGGCUUUGGUAGGCAGGUAAAGUGCAUAGGUCUUUGGGCCAUUCAGACGCAUGUACAGAACUGGGGGAUGGCCUUUUCCUCCAGGGACUUCGCCAGGGAGGUGCUCUUUUUAGGGAUCAAGCUGGCCCACCAGGCAGGAGAGGGUUUGGAGCCCAUCCAAACUAGUUUAAGGGAAGGGAGUUGAAGGCAGCAUAACUGCUCCCCUUUCCCAGGAAGCCUUGAAAGCUGUAACUCUUCCAGGAGAAGGGGUGUCUUUCCUCCUGGCUGCUGCUUCAGGCUCCCUCCUCCUCCCCUGGGGCAGCUGUACAAGACCAGGCCCUAGGGUCACUUAGAGAGGCUCAUGCUGGCCUCUCAGUCCCCAGCUCUGGUCCACACACUAUGUGUGUGUGCAUGUGUGUGUGACCAAAAGAGGAUUUAGACAGUUGAUCUUUGGAGGUACGAGGCAGGGUUUGUGAAUCAGUGUAAGUUUUUGCUUUGUCUGUGACCUGAACUAUCACCACCCCUGUAGGUCCUUCUACUGAGGGCACCAACCAAGCUGGAGAUGGUAAGGCAGGAGGAGCUGUUUGAGGGGUCUCUGGAUAGUUUUGAGUCUGUCUCAGUUUGAGCUGCACCAGUUUAGAAGAGAGAAAGCCUUGCUGUGAAGCCCAGGCGUCUUUGGGGGCAGUUCUGCUCCCUGUCCCCCCAAACAUUAUUUUCCCCUGGUAUCAUUUUGGUUUGGGUUGCAUCGCCUACGUUGUUCUCUCAAGAGGGAGCAGGUGUGAUGAAAGGGGCUACAAUUACAGAGACUUGAAAAUAUUUAUAUUUAAAAGGAAAGAAAGAGAGACAGGAAGAAAUGUAUGGAAUACUUUCUCCCUUCUCUUUCCUUUUUUUGGAACAGAAAAAAAACCCUAUAAAUGUGUGUUUGGA